CAUUCUCCUUUAAAAAAAAAAAAAAAAAAAAAAAACUACUUUUGCACAUAUACAAGCAACCACUCAGGUUUUGGCCAAACAAUGGCGUUUGCUUCGUCCAUCCAGUUCUGCAGUUUGCAAUGGCUUCUUAUCUUGCUUUGUUUGGGAAAUACUUUCUCCCAAUCAAUUGUGAAGACCUUGCCAGGCUUCUCUGGACUCCUACCCUUCAAACUUGAAACAGGAUAUGUUAAUGUGGAGAGAUCUGAGUUCUUCUACUAUUUCGUUGAAUCGCAAGGAAAUCCUCUUACUGAUCCUCUCAUACUUCUACAAAUUGGAGGACCUGGUUGUACAGGUUUAACGGGCCUAUUCAAUCAAAUAGGUCCAUUGGCUUUCGAUUCAUCAACUUAUCAAGCCGCUUUACCAUCUUUAAAAUUGGUCCCAAACUCAUGGACUCAGAUUGCGAGCAUCAUAUUUAUAGAUGCACCUAUUGGGACUGGUUUCUCCUACUCAACUUGCGCUGAAGAUUAUAUUGUUUCCUCGGAUACAAAUACAGCUUCAAUGCUUGGCAAGUUCAUAAGGAAGUGGUUGGAAGGUCAUUUACGAUUCAAGGCGAAUCCAUUCUUUGUUGGCGGUGAUUCAUAUGGUGGAUUAUUAGCACCAAUCAUUACACGGGAAAUAGUAGAAGGCAAUAAAGCUGGACUUGAGCCUUUUAUCAAUUUGGAAGGAUACUAUGUGGGAUCCCCACAUACAGACACAAACCUUGAAGAAAAUUCAAAAAUUCCUUAUGCUUAUGGGAUGGGGCUUAUAUCAAGCAGGCUAUUUGAGAGAGCGAAAAGAAGUUGCAAGGGGGAGUAUCUUAAUGUAGAACCAACAAAUUUAAAAUGUCUGGAGGAUCUUGCUAAGAUUUCUGAGUGUACAGGAAACCUCAAUAUUCAUCAUAUAUUGAGACCCAACUGCUCUUUAUCAUUGCCUAUGCCAAAUAAAGAUAAGCAAGCUCGAAGAUCAAUUGAAGAGACCAAUUCAAGAUACAAUCGUCACCGAUAUUUAAACUUUUGGUGUAAGGCCACCGAGAAUUCAGUAUUUAACCAAUGGACAAAUAACAAAAGUGUUCAAAAUGCACUUCAAGUUCGUAAGGGAACAGUUACAGAGUGGACGAGGUGCAAUGACAGUGUGACUUAUGGUUCAUAUAUAUAUGAUGUCGAAAGUGCUAUUGGCUACCAUAAGUAUCUCACCGAUACACGUAUAAAAGUCUUAAUUUACACUGGCGAUCAUGAUAUGAGAGUUACACAUAUAUCAACAGAGGAAUGGAUAAAAUCCCUUAAUCUAACUAUUGACGAUGAUUGGAGAGCAUGGUACAUCAAUGGCCAAAUUGCAGGGUAUACAGAGACGUAUAAGAAAUCUAAAUACAGCUUGACCUAUGCAACUGUGAAGGGAGCUGGUCAUUCUCCUACCGAAUACAAAAAAGCAGAAUGUUAUGGCAUGUUCGAAAGGUGGAUCAACAAUUAUCCUCUCUAAGCUAGCUAUUCCUGCUAAAAAAAAAAAAAAAAAAAAAAAAAAGCUAGUCAAUGUUACUAGCUACCCAUAUCAAGUAUGGGUAUGGGAAACAAGUGAGUUCUGUUGUGGUGAGCUCCUCUUAAGUUGUGGGUUUGAGUCCUCCAUUUUGACUUAAAGAUAUUAUAUAUUUAAAAUGCUAACGAGUACAAUAGUAUGCAUGUGCGGUACUAUGCAUUGGAAUGCUUAACCGCUUUGAAUCCAAUAAAAAAACAUAAAAACCGAAUUUAUUCGUGCGAAAA